AUGACGGAGCAGUUAUUGACCUACCCGAGCUUGAGCAAACAGUAUUUUACAUUGGUGUCGUAUAUGGUGGAAGUAUACGGAGAAAAGCUUGUGUCGUUGUCAAGUGAGCUUUUUCAGAUGCUUCUACACUCACUACUGGUAGGCAUGCGUCACGUGUCCGCGGACGUUGUGCGCAAUAGCUUUCAGGCGCUAGGUGAGUUGGCAAGCUAUCACUGGAAAGCACUACAAGACCAGAAGCCAGGACUCGACGUACACCUCCAACAGCAUCCCGAAAUGUUUAUUGCGUGUCUAUGCAUUAUCUUCCGUAUGGCACUUUUCGAUGAUUUCAAUCCCGCCAUGCUGGAUGCCUGUGCUGGUACGUUGUAUCCGCUCAUUUUGAUUGAGCGAGCACGCUACUCAGCGCUGGCUGAGGAGAUUAUCCACGAGCAAGAAAGACUGGACGUUAACAGUCAGCAACGCCUGGCCUCAGCAUUCGCAGAGCUCAUCAGUUUCUUGUCUCCUGGCGAUAUUGCAAUGGGCACGGCAACUACGCGCAGAAUGCGCACGCAUUUCAAAAAAACCUGUACGCUUUCGUGGCUGAGGUGCGGGGUUUUCUUCAGGUCAAGUAAAGCAUCCAGAAGUACUCAAUAA